AUGUCUCUAUGGAUCUGGUUACUCAUUCUCACCAUUCUUGUCGUUGCAUUCUUUGUGGUGUUUUUCACAGACUAUGUAUUCUAUUGGACAGAUCCUGUCAAUUGUCCUCCAUCCGAAUUCCCCUAUCAAUACGACAUUAAAAAGUAUGAUGAAAUCUUUUGUGAUAAACCAUUCGAAAAGACUGAAAAGAAAAUUCUAAUUGUCGGAUGUGGUUUCAGUGGAUUGUCAACAAGUGCAGCACUCACUCGAUAUGGUAUUCCAUUUGAUGUGGUCGAGGUAAACAAUCAAAUCGGAGGAAAUUGGUUUUCUGGAGUUUAUGAAACGGUUCACAUUAUCAGCAGCAGAAAAACUACAGAAAUGAAAGAUUAUCCAAUGCCUUCUUCAUAUCCCGAUUUCCCAUCGGCAAAACAAAUGUUAGAAUAUUUUCUUGAUUAUUGUCAACAUUAUCGAAUCAAUGAACGAUUGGCACUCAAUACAGAAGUGACAAAAAUUUCUGAAAAUGGAGAUGCCUAUGUUGUGGAAUUUAAACAAGGAGAUCAAACGUUUUCAAGAGUAUAUAAGGGAGUGAUCAUUAAUAAUGGACAUCAUUGGUCUCGAAGAAUGCCUAAAUAUGAAAAUCAAGAACAAUUUACGGGAAAGAUUAUUCAUAGUAAGGAUUAUAAGGAGCCUUCACAAUUAAAGGGACAACGCGUGUUAGUAAUUGGUGCUGGAAAUAGUGGUUGUGAUGUUGCUGUUGAAGCUGCUCGCUUUGGUGCUGAGAGUCACAUUUCCAUGCGUAGAGGAUACUUCUUUUUACCUCGUACCUUAUUUGGAAAACCAGCAGUAGAGCUCAUUCCAGCAUUCCUUCCGGUCUUUAUCCAACAAAUAAUGUUUAAACUCAUUCUUCUCGUAGUUACUGGAAUUGACUAUCAAAAAGAAUACAAUUUACCAAAUCCAGAUCACAAUCUUUUCGAAUGUCAUCCAACCAUUAAUUCUGAAUUGUUGCAAUUUGUGAAAUUAGGAAAAAUUCAACCUCACAGAGACAUUUUGCGCUUUAAAGGAGGUAAAACCAUCGAGUUCAAAAACGGAGAACAAGUUGAAAUCGAUUUGAUUGUGUGUUGUACUGGUUAUAACACUUCCAUUCCAUUGCUCGAACCAUUUGUAGAAAAGAGUGAAUUUGGAUAUCCAAAAUUGUACACUGGAAUUUUUGUUCCACACAAAAAGUUCUUGUACUAUGUUGGACUUGGUCAACCCAGAUAUGGAGCUGGUCCAUUAUUGACUUCAUCCUGUGAUAUGCUUGCUAAAUUAAUCCAAUUACAAGACUCAAUGAAAUAUCCAGUAGGAGAUGUAUUGGCAAGUGUGGUCGGAGAGAAAUUCCCUACUCCCCAAAAACCACACGUUUCUAAGGAUUUGCUCAUUGAUCCCCAUGUUGCAUGGAAAUCUUCUCGAUUCUUUUCCUUACUCCUCAUUCAUUUGAUGCCCUUGUUUGAAAAGUUAUCCAUUAUGAGAAAGAAACUUCCAUUAGCACAACAGGAAAAGAGGAAACAACAAUAA